AAAUGGAGAGGCGAGGCAGUGAGCAGGCUCAAGAGAACAGGAAGCAGCCUGAAGCUGAAACAGUUCAGUCAGUUCAGACUCCAUUUUGAGUUGACAGAAGGAGGAAAGCAGAAGGCUGAGGCAGGACUGACUUCAGACCAGAAGAUGAGUGUUUGUGUGGAGGAAAAGGAGGACAGAGCAGAGUCUGCAGGAUCCAGCUCUCUGUCUAUGAAGAGUGACCAGUCCACUGAUAAUCCUCCAGACUUCAGUAAAGAACCUGGACCCUCAGACACAAAAGUUCAGUCCAGCAGACAGAGAGCAGAGUCUGCAGGAUCCAGCUGUCUGUCUCUGAAGAGUUACCGGUCCCACCGUAAACCUCCAGACUUCAGUAAUGAACCUGGACCCUCAGACACAAAAGUUCAGUCCAACAGACAGAGAGCAGAGUCUGCAGGAUCCAGCUGUCUGUCUCUGAAGAGUUACCGGUCCCACCUUAAACCUCCGGACUUCAGUAAUGAACCUGGACCCUCAGACACAAAACUGACUUCAGACCAGAAGAUGAGUGUUUGUGUGGAGGAAGAGGAGGACAGAGCAGAGUCUGCAGGAUCCAGCUGUCUGUCUAUGAGGAGUGACUGGUCCAAAGAGUAUCCUCCAGACAUCAGUAAAGAACCUGGACCCUCAGACACAAAAGUUCAGUCCAGCAGAAAGAGAGCAGAGUCUGCAGGAUCCAUCUGUCUGUCUAUGAGGAGUGACUGGUCCAAAGAGUAUCCUCCAGACUUCAGUAAAGAACCUGGACCCUCAGACACAAAAGAGAGGCAGAGGAGUCCUGUUCCUGUGGAGGAGCAGCCGUCCUGCUGUGCUUUGUGUCAGGACGUCCUGAAGGAUCCAGUCUCUACCAGCUGUGGACACUGGUUCUGCAGACGGUGCAUCACCUCAUACUGGGACCAGUCUGCUUCAUCGGGACACUCCUCCUGUCCCCAGUGUGGAAAAAGAUCCAGAACCAGAACUAGACUGCAGACAGCCAGUCAGAGCAGCUCUGUACAAAUGAGCGGUGGUCUGCAGGAGGUUUUAGAUGAACAUAAGAUCAGUCUGAGGAGGAGAUGUGAACGUGUGACUGAAGGAAGUGAUGAAACAGGAAGUGAUGAAACAGGAAGUGGAACCCUCCUCAACAGGAUCUACACUGAGCUCUACAUCACAGAGGGACAGAGUGAAGAGGUUAAUACCCAGCAUGAGGUGAGGCAGCUUGAGACAGCUUCCAAGAAGAAGACCCUCCAUGACGCUCCAAUCAGGUGCCAGGACAUCUUUAAAGCCUUACCUGGCCAACAGAGAGCCAUCAGAGUGGUUCUGACCAACGGCGUCGCUGGCGUUGGAAAAACCUUCUCGGUGCAGAAGUUCACUCUGGACUGGGCAGAGGGCUCGGAAAACCAAGAUGUCAGUCUGCUGGUUCUGCUCUCGUUCAGGGAGCUGAACUUGAUCAAAGAUGAGCGGCACAGUCUCCUCACGCUGCUCCAUGUUUUCCAUCCAACAUUACAGAAGGUCCCAGCAGAGAAGCUCGCCGUCUGGAAACUGUUGUUCAUCUUUCACGGCCUGGAUGAAAGCAGACUUUCAUUGGAUUUCCACAACAGUGAGGUUGUGUCUGAUGUCACACAGAAGUCAUCAGUCAACCUGCUGCUGACAAACCUCAUCGAGGGGAAUCUGCUUCCCUCGGCUCUCGUCUGGAUAACUUCCAGACCUGCGGCGGCCAAUCAGAUCCCUCCUUCGUGUGUCGGCAGGGUAACGGAAGUACGAGGCUUCACUGACGCCCAGAAGGAGGAGUACUUCAGGAGGAGAGUCAGUGAUGAAGAGCUGUCCAGCAGAAUCAUCUCACACAUCAAGACCUCCAGUAGCCUCCACAUCAUGUGUCAGAUCCCAGUCUUCUGCUGGAUCACUGCUACAGUUCUGGAGCACAUGUUGACUACAGAGCAGAGAGGAGAGCUGCCCAAGACCCUGACUGACCUGUACUCACACUUCCUGCUGGUUCAGAUAAAGAGGAAGAAGCAGAAGUACGAUGAGGGACAUGAGACGAGUCCACAGGAGCUGACAAAGGCUGACAGGAAGGUUCUACUGAAGCUGGGGAGGCUGGCGUUUGAACAGCUGGAGAAAGGAAACAUCAUGUUCUACCAAGAAGACCUGGAGCAGUGUGGUCUUGAUGUCACAGAGGCCUCGGUGUACUCAGGAGUUUGUACAGAGAUCUUCAAAAGAGAGAGUGUGAUCUUCCAGAAAACCGUCUACUGCUUUGUUCAUCUGAGCGUUCAGGAGUUUCUGGCUGCAGUCUACAUGUUCCACUGUUUCACCAGCAGGAACACAGAGAGACUGGAGGACUUCCUGAGGAGUUCCAUGGAGAAAUCUCUCCAAAGUGAAAAUGGCCACCUGGACCUGUUUGUUCGCUUCCUUCAUGGCCUCUCUCUGGAGUCCAACCAGAGACUCUUAGGAGGCCUGCUGGGUCAGACAGACAACAGUCCAGAAAUCAUCCAGAGAGCCAUCAACAACCUGAAGGAGAUGAACAGUGAUGAGAUCUCUCCUGACAGAAGCAUCAACAUCUUCCACUGUCUGAUGGAGAUGAACGACCACUCAGUACAUCAGGAGAUCCAAGAGUUCCUGAAGUCAGAGAACAGAUCAGAGAAGGAACUCUCUGUGAUCCACUGCUCAGCUCUGGCCUACAUGCUGCAGAUGUCCGAGGAGGUUCUGGAUGAGUUGGACCUCAAGACGUACAACACGUCAGUGGAGGGACGACUGAGACUGAUUCCAGCUGUGAGGAACUGCAGAAAGGCUCGACUUUCUGGCUGUGGACUCUCAGAGACUCACUGUGAAGUUGUGGCCUCAGCUCUGAAGUCCAACCCCUCCCAUCUGAGAGAGCUCUACCUGAGUAACAACAAGCUGCAGGAUUCGGGAGUGAAGCUGUUGUCUGCUGGACUGGAGAGUCCACACUGUAGACUGGAGACUCUGAGGUCAGGUGUUUUUUAUUCUUUUUUUUUUCCUUUAGUGGUUUAGUCCAUUGACUGUGGCAGAGCAAUGUUGAGCUCCACAUUUAAAAUCUUAUUACAACAAGAAACACUCGGUAGUUCACUUUGAACCUCUUAAAGUAUUGGUUAUUGUUAGGUUUAGUGGAAGAUUAUUGCUUGGGUUAAAAUAAGUAUGUUAGGUAUGUCACAUGACUUAAGUUGUGUAAUUACAGAAAUACACUUUUUUUGCUGGCGGCCUUUUGCCUGUAAACAAGAGAUCAUUUCAUCCCUCAGCUAGAUGAGGUGAACGUUUCAUCAUAAGUCCCUGUGAGAAAAGACAGUAAAAUUUGUCUCAAAUAGCUUUCAGCCCCAAUUACACCUGUCCUCACAGGACUACACUUUUAGAUGACGUGUAGACACAUAACUAUUAUUAGUAUAAGGGUUGAUCCCAAAUAGUUGAAGAUUCGAUGCUUCGAAUGGGCAGAGCCUGAUUCGACUGUCAAUCUCACAGUCGAAGCUUCGCAGCAAAACAAGGAUCAUACUGUUUUGGC